UUCACAUGACAAAUUGUGCCAGAAAAUUAUUAUAAACAAAUCCCAUUUCUUUCCUAUAAAUCAACGUCUUUGAUCAGUUAAUAAAACCGAAGCAAAAUGGCAAGUACUUGUGAAGUGCGGUCCUUGCAAUGGGUAAUGGCGAUUUUCUUGUUAGCACUUGUGGGUGGAGCCAGGGCAGUCUCCAUAUGUAACAUUGACUCCGCCCAGCUGAAUGAAUGUCGCCCGGCAGUGACCGGAAACUCACCAAAACCACCAACCAAGAAAUGCUGUGACGUUGUCCACCAAGCCAACUUGCCCUGCCUCUGCAACUACAAGUCUGCCUUCCCUGCGUUUGGGAUCAACCCUGCGCUAGCUAUGGCGUUGCCUAAGAAGUGUGGCAUGAACACACCACGAGAAUGCCAUGUGGUUUGAAGCACUUGAGGCUGCAACAGUUUCAACAACCAAGUGAUUUUACCAUUUCCUAGUGCUUCCUAGAUUUGAAAUAUUUAUAAUGUUUUCCAUGUAUAUUUUGAAAACAUCUAUUUGUUACCUGUGUUGUUAAAUCCGUCUCUGUAAUUGCUAAAUGCAUUUGUUUGUACCAGUACUUUCUGUUUGUUGGAACCCCAACAAUAAUAUUAGGCAAUGCGAAAAGGUCAUUGCUGCUUGCUUUGCAGUUCAA